UGUGUGUGUGUGUGUGUGUGACAAAAUGUGCCUCCCAAAGGGCUGAGAGGUAGAUGGGAAUGUUUGCUUUGCUCGUCUAAGAAGAGAAAGGUUCCUGGACCUCCUCUUGCUUCUUCUUUAGAAUAAUUUGGAUGGGAUUUGUGAUGCAGAAAAUCUUAAAGAAAAAAGAAUAACCCUUCUUUGUGGUGGAAAACUUAGGGGAAAAAAGUCACUGCUUUCUUCAAACAAGGGUGCCAUUUUGAUAUUUAUGGGCAUCGUUGUCCCCACUAUGAAGGCAUCUGUUAUUGAAGUCUUGCUCGUUUUGCUGCUAACUGGAAUACAUUCAAAUAAAGGCAUGGCAAAGAAGACCAAGAAGCCCAAAUUCGCUGUACCGCAGAUCAACUGUGAUGUCAAAGCUGGAAAGAUCAUCAAUUCUGAGUUCAUGGUGAAAUGCCCAGCAGGAUGCCAGGACCCCAAAUACCACGUUUUCGGUACUGAUGUCUACGCGUCUUACUCCAGCGUGUGUGGCGCCGCGGUUCACAGCGGUGUGCUGGAUAACUCAGGAGGCAAAAUACUCGUUCGGAAAGUUGCUGGGCAGUCCGGGUACAGAGGAAGCUAUGCUCACGGCGUUAAGUCUUUAUCGCUGCCCAGAUGGAGAGAAUCCUUCAUCAUCUUAGAGAGUAAACCCCAAAAGGGUGUAACCUACCCGUCGACUCUUACAUACUCGUCAUCCAAAACGCCAGCUGGCAAAGCAGGUGAGGCCACAAAAGCCUAUGAGAACCCGUCUGUUACAGGGACAACCACACAGCCUGUCACCCUGACACAGACUCUAGGCAUCUCGGUAGCUGAGGCUGUCUACAGAGUCACAUCAAAGCCGUUCACAGCAUCUGUAACCAGCAGCCCCAGACCCCAAUCCAUGGGCCGCAGGAGCCAGGAGAUGGGGGAGACAGACCUGUGGAAGCCUGGACCAGUCCUUUUAGAUUCAGGAUCUGUGCCCGAAGAAGAGUUCAGCACACAGUCUUCGGAGCUAGUGCCCCAGGGAGAUCCAAACUGCAGAGUUGACUUGUCCUUCUUAAUUGAUGGGAGCGCCAACAUCGGCAAGCGCCGCUUCCAGAUCCAGAAGCAGUUCUUAGCGGACGUUGUCCAGGCUCUUGACGUUGGCCCUGACGGUCCUCUCAUGGGUGUUGUUCAGUACGGAGACAACCCUGCUACCCAGUUUAACCUCAAAACUCACACGAAUUCUCAAGAUCUGAAGACAGCUAUAGAGAAAAUUACCCAGAGAGGAGGCCUUUCUAAUGUAGGUCGUGCCAUCUCCUUUGUAACCAAGAACUUCUUUUCCAAAGCCAAUGGGAACAGGGGCAGCGCUCCCAACGUGGCUGUGGUCAUGGUGGACGGCUGGCCCACAGACAAAGUGGAAGAGGUGUCGCGUGUUGCGAGAGAGUCCGGGAUCAAUGUCUUCUUCAUCACUGUCGAGGGGGCUGCGGAAAGGGAGAAGCACUACGUGACGGAGCCCAACUUUGCCAGCAAGGCGGUGUGCAGGACAAAUGGCUUCUACACCUUCAACGUGCAGAGCUGGCUCAGCCUUCACAAGACCGUGCAGCCCCUGGUGAAGCGGAUCUGUGACACCGACCGCCUGGCCUGCAGCAAGACCUGUUUAAACUCUGCCGACAUCGGCUUUGUCAUUGAUGGCUCGAGCAGCGUGGGGACGAGCAACUUCCGCACUGUUCUGCAGUUCGUGGCCAACCUCAGCAAGGAGUUUGAGAUUUCAGACACCGACACGCGCAUUGGGGCCGUGCAGUACACCUACGAGCAGCGGCUGGAAUUUGGGUUCGACAAAUAUAACAGCAAAAACGACAUCCUCAGUGCCAUCAAGAGUGUGGGGUACUGGAGCGGGGGCACCAGCACAGGGGCUGCCAUCCAGUAUGCCCUCGAACAACUCUUCAAAAAGUCCAAACCCAACAAGAGGAAGAUAAUGAUCCUUAUCACUGACGGCAGGUCCUACGAUGAUGUGCGGAUCCCGGCCAUGGCUGCCUACCAGAAGGAGGACCCGGUCUCAGUUCCCAGCACCACAUGGUGGCCCACACCCACAGGAAACUCCAGUUGGAGGGGUGAUCACAUAUGCAGUAGGUGUUGCAUGGGCUGCUCAGGACGAGCUGGAGGUGAUUGCCACUCACCCUGCCAGGGACCACUCCUUCUUUGUGGAUGAGUUUGACAACCUCUACAAAUUCAUCCCCAGGAUCGUCAAGAAUAUUUGUACAGAGUUCAACUCACGGCCUCGGAACUGAGUUCGGGGCAGACAGCUGGCCAUCUUAGUGGAUCUUGGGACCAUGCGCCAGCAUUGCUCCUCUUGCUGGGGCAUAAGAAGGGGGCAGAGCUUGGGUAGGGCUGGGAGAAAUACAUGCAUUGUUACUAUUUUUUGCCAUUUGGUGGUUUAAAUGCUUCAAAGCCUGCCUGUUAAAAAGCUGGCCAUUGAGUUCAAGGUUGGGUUCAAAUGCUGUACUGUUUGGCGUGUGCUGAAGAGUUCACAGUCUGACAGCCGUUUAUAUCCAGAAGACGGCUGUCAUGGCAGGUUUGGAUUGAGCUUUUCUGAGACAUUUGUUUUUAUUUCUCAUUAGAACUUGUAAUCUUCCAUACGUUUCUUUUUUCUUUUUGUCUUGAGGUGGUAGGAGUUGUUUAAAUAAAUGUUUAAAAAAUUA